AUGGACGGCCAAUCUUCGAAUACCAGCUCAGCUGGCAAUUCCAGUGACUUUGUCCGAAAACUCUACAAGAUGUUGGAAGACCCGUCAUACUCGGAAAUUGUUCGUUGGGGAGACGAGAAUGACAGCUUUGUCGUGUUAGAGUGCGAGAAAUUCACAAAAUCAAUCCUGCCCAAACACUUCAAGCACAGCAAUUUUGCCAGUUUUGUUCGCCAACUCAACAAAUACGAUUUCCACAAGGUUCGCCAGAACAAUGAGGAAACCGGGCAAUCUCCAUAUGGGCCGAAUGCUUGGGAGUUCAAGCACCCCGAAUUCAAAGCGAAUAACAAGGACUCGUUGGACAACAUCCGAAGAAAAGCGCCCGCCGCUCGCAAACCUACCCAGAUCAGCGAGGAAGCCGUGCCAACAGCCCAGAUCGAUUUGAUGAACUCGCAGUUGAUCGCGCAGCAGCAACAAAUCCAGCAACUGACGGAUCGAAAUGCCCAGCUGACAGUGGACUCCCAGGUGCUGUUGCAAGAAGUGAUGCGCAUGCAAAAGAACGUGAUGCAGCACGAAUGUGUUAUCCACCAAUUCAUGAACUAUCUAAUCACCGUCGACGCUCGCCAUCGCCGCGAAAGCAGGGCCAGUGGCCCUUUUGCCGCCCAAGACGGUGUGACUCCGAACCCGGUCGACGACCUCCCUGCGUCUCCCUUACAACAAGCUUCAAAGAUUCUGAGCGACAUGAACAACUCACAGAUGCCAGCCAACGUUCCGCCGCAAAUGGAUCCGCUAAACGAUCCUUCCAAGGCGCAGGUGCUGGCUACACCUCCUCUGGGCCCCACCGCACGCAACGGGGUCGCUCGCGCACCCAACUCGGCUGGUUCAGCUGCAUCUAUGGGCUAUCCCAAGGUGAAUGGAGAGCUGGAGAACGUGGUGUACCCCGUAGGCACAACCAACGGCAUCGACCCCAUGUAUAGCGAACAUGUGGGCCAAAUUCCAUACUCUAUACCGCCGACGAAAGAACUGGCUAUUGAUACUAGUGACGCACGGCGACAAUAUCCGGAGAACCGGAAAAAGACAGCGCUUGUCAACCCCGGAUGGAUCAAACAGCCACAAAUUUUGCUUGUGGAAGAUGAUGUUACAUGUCGCCAUAUUGGCGGCAAAUUCCUGGGGUCUUUCAAAUGUAACAUUGAAUAUGCAUACGACGGACUCGAGGCCGUCAACAAGGUCCAGUCGGGCAAGAGAUACGAUUUGAUUUUGAUGGAUAUUAUAAUGCCUAAUUUAGACGGAGUAUCUGCCUGCCACCUUAUUCGCCAAUCCGAUCGCACGCCGAUUAUUGCCAUGACAUCCAAUAUUCGGAGCGACGACAUUCAGCUGUACUUUCAGCACGGAAUGGAUGAUGUCCUACCUAAACCGUUCACUCGCAAAAGCCUCCUCGACAUGCUUGAGAAGCACUUGGUUCACCUCAAGACGGUUCCGCCGACAAUGGAUGGCGUUUCUGCGACGCCAAUGACCACGCAGAAUUCGGCAGCGCAGUCGAUCAAGGAGGACAGCUCGCCGGGACAGUCACCUGCAGCCUCUAUGAACAACUGGCAAUCGCCUAGUCAGCUCCAAGGGAUGUCGCCGGUUCCUCUCAAUGUACAGCAAGUACCACAGCCGUACAUGCAGCAGAUGGCUCCCAACGCGGCACCUUUUGCGAUUGACCCGAAUGGCGUGCAAUAUGCUGCACCUCAAGCGACGAUCAACCAGUCUGCAGUUCGACCACCGCACCGGCGCCAGAUAUCAGAGAUCUCGGGCGUGCAAGACCCGGCAGCCUAUGCAAAGCGACAGCGGAUGUACCAGAACCCGCAAAUGAUGAGCCAGGUCGCGGGGCAGCAGGGCGGGUGA